UUGCGCUGAUGUGUGCGGAAGUGAGGUUUUAAAUGUCUGGAACAUUGUCUGGAACUUGGUGAGCAGAGAUUCACGGCCAGAGCCAGAUGCUGAGCGCAGACUCAACCAGUAAAUCCACAGAAGGCAAAAACGAAAUAUAAUAAUCGUAACAAAAUGGAAUCAAAUAUACUGCUUGAUAUUGCUAACUUCAGCACGUUGUUUGUGUGCAUGGUGCUAAAGUUUCCGCAAAUAUUUGUUUUGAUACGAGCGAAAUCGACGAAAGGAAUCAGUUUAAACAGUCUUAUUCUGGAAUUAACGGGAUUUAUAGUGUUUAUGUCUUACCAGAUGUAUUAUGACUACCCACCACCAACCUACCUGGAGUACCCAAUUCUCAUUGCUCAAGAUGUCAUCCUCCUGCUGUUGAUCCUACACUACAACGACAGCCUGAAACAGAGUGCGCUCUACGCAGCUGUGUUUGUGGGGGGCUGGCACCUACUUACUCUGCAAAAGUGGAUUAUUGACCUGGCUAUGAGCCUAUGCACAUUUAUCAGUGCUGGCAGCAAGUUUGCCCAGCUGCAGUGCCUGUGGCAGUCCAAAGACUCGGGGCAAGUGAGCGCCCUCUCCUGGGCAAUGGCUACCUACACAUGUGCGGCGAGGAUUUUCACCACAACUGUAACAACUGGAGACAUGCAGGUUAUGGUGAGAUUCGUUGUGAUGACGUUGCUGAACACCUGGGUUCUGGCUACGGUGUUGUACUACAGGAAGAGCGCCAAGAAGCAGGACUGAGUUCCCACCAUGAUUGACAACAGCAAGGCUGGGUGGGCAGUCACCAGGACUGCCUGGAAACAAUUUGAAGAGACACUUUUUCUUUCAUCAGUUCAGACAGAGUCACUAUUGACAUCCUCAAACCAGGUUUUGACAUUUUUACCUUAAUGUGAACCUCACGCUUCUAACCACAUUCCACUAACUGUCCUGCAAUAUUCUGAUGGUAUAUACUGUCAUUGUGGUGUUGGAUACCCUACAAUAGGUCAAUAUGCUAAUGUCUGUUUAGUUGAACUUUAACUAGAUAGAUUGUUGGACCCCAGGAAGAAUAGCUUUCAGCUUAUGCUGAAGCUAAUGGGGAUCCAAAUCUCUCCUCAGCUGUUACUCAGGACAAAAUACUGUACUGCCAACAAAUACUGUAAAUGAACAAUUAUAGGUUUGAGUAAAUAAACCAAAAUAUCUUUGCAUAAAGGUUUUCAUGUGGUAUGAGAGAAUGUCAACAGUGAACAUCUUCGUUGGUAUUGUAUACGGCAUCUCACUGAAAAUAACUUUUGUUGAGUAACUGUACCUCAACUUCCAACCCGCAUAAGACUUAAAGCAGCUUGUAA